AUGGAAACAGGCAACCACGCCUGUGUUGCACUAGCCCAGGCUGGGGUUGUCCUCCAGCUUCCAUGGAGUACUGCUGUUGGGUUCAUGUAUCUCCUGGGUUUCCCUCUUAUUUGCAACUCACCAGCAUCUGUAGCAUCUCAGUUGCGUCUGGGGUUCAUAUCUAAACCUCUUGUAUCCUCCCAUUGUGAAGGAGCAGAGGCAGAGUGGAGAGAUGUAGAAGAGCAGGAGGCUUUUCAUGGAGCUAACAUAGACUUCAAGAGGCUGUACCACUUGCAGCUCCGAAAACUUCAGCUUCUGCAAAGCUGCCUUCAUUGCCAAAGUGCAGAGUGGACAUAGAGAACUGCAUACCAUACAGAGUUUGAAAUUUGAGAUGGCCUGAGACUCCAAGACAAGCAUUGAUGUGUAUGUGUCGAAACAACCUCCAUGUCUUGGGCU